AAAAAAGGCAGAAAAAAAGGCAAAAAAAAAAAGGCAAAAAAAAAAAACAAAAAAAAAAAACAAAAAAAAAAAAAAGAACCCCAUAACCAAGGACCACGCCGUGCCAAACAUCAUACAAUCACGCACGACCAGACGGCGACUUUUAGUGGGAAGCCCUGGUCCCAGAACGCCUCCGCUGAUCGCCCUUCAGCGCCUGCGACUCAACUCUGACCUACCAGGAUUUCUCAGCCUUUCAGACUAAUCAGCCCCGCCCAUAGCUUCCGAGAAUCCCUGGACCAAUCUUAGUCCACAAUUUCCUUCUUCCUUUGAUUUGCUCUUUUCCCUCUGGGGCUGGCCUGCACUCACAACUGAUCAGGGAAACGGCCGCGAUACCUAGACCAGACGAGACCAGCUCCUCGGGCUGCCAACCUUACCUUACCUUUUUGUACCUGCCUACCAUCCCUACCUACCUUACCUUACUUACCUUUACAUUCCCUGGACAUCCUUGAGAGAGCGGUACCUGCUUUGCUUUCCUCAACCAACCCAGCCCCAGGCCGUGCCCGUACACCACAACUACCUUAGAAUUACUAUUACUUACUUACAGUGCCGCCUGCCUGUUGCCUUCGUUCGGUCACUUCUGCCGCUUCUUUCUCUUUUUCUCACACCCGGCCUUUCGUGCCGACACCAACCAGCACAGCCCGUAUAAAGACAUCUUUUUCGCACACACCCUUACCAGUCCCUUAAACUUGGUGUCAUCAUCUCUGCUAGGGGGGAAUAAAAACGAAAAAAAUAACAGAACAUUUAACACAAGAAAAAAAAAAAGAGGCCGGUUUUUGGAACUAUUUCCUCCCCGCUUUUUAGCUUCCUCGUUCAACUUUUUUUUUCUCAUAAAAAAAUCGCAACCGGUAGCACGGCUAAGCUCAUCUGGCACGCACUACUUGAAAAUCUGAACGGAACCUUUUUUAAGUUUGUCGUUAGCACCACCCCUGGAAAAGCCGCUACUAUCUGCAACCGGAUCAGUCCAUCAGACAGCGCAAGCGCAAGCCAACAGGGUCGCGGCGGUCCAGCAGAUUGGCCUCGCGCUAUCUCGUUAGUGCCAGACUUUGGUUCAUCCUCAACUCCACCGCCAAUCUCAUCGCACACCACCCGUGAACAUUGCCUGCUUUGCGCAACGGAACGGAACGGUACACGUCGUGUGAAGUCAGUCAGUCACUCAGUCUCCUGAGCGUCAAAGGUCCGAGCUCGACGACAAUCUCCAUCCUCGAGAGACUUGUCUGUCGAGAUACCCUGAGGGGGGUAGCGUAGCGGCGCUUGCUCUCUGUCUCUCCUGGCCUAGUCGAUCGCGGAUCAGCCAGCCAGGUCCAGCUCGAGAGCGGCGAGCCCGUCGAAACCGAUUCUUGAUAAGCCGGCGUCUUCCGCCGUCUUCAACCUGGGUUGUACGUACCCAAGCUUCGUGACGAACAGUCUUUAUGCAGCGCGUUCCUCGCUUCUAGCACAAGAAAACCAGCCCGGUCUCUCCUCCGGCUUCGAAUCCAACACCAGAACGAUCAUAAGGCGAAAAGACAAUUCCACCAAAGAUAUUCCUCCCCCAUCCUCCAACCUUGACGACCCCCAUUACGCCGGAUCUCAAGAUCGAAUCAAGCCGAGGGGCAGACCAUCUCUGACAAGCCUGGACUUACUAGGUGUUGGCCGAGACCUAAAAUCCCUCCGGCCUUUUUCUUUCUUUCUUUCCUUCUGACUCUUUUGCUUCUUUGCCCUUGAUCACUUUUUUUUCGCGGGAACCCGUGUCGUAUAGACAUAGUAUGUUGGCCUCGUCACGCCAGCCUCGUCACGCGUUCGUUGAGCACCACCACCAGCUUUCCUCAUCCACCCUGCAUCGGUCAGGCUCCCCACAGACGGGAACCUUACGCCAAGACGCGACCACCCCGACACUUGCAACGUCUGUAGGUCCAUCCAUGGAUCGCAGUGCGUCGGAUUACUCGCAGUCAGGUUUGCCUUCGCCCUAUCCUAGCAACUGCGGCGACAACCAGUCUGAGGCCCAAUCUGUGACCGUAGAUACCUCGUCUGCUGCGCAAUAUAACGCAUCUGCGCAGCAAGAAGUGCGUUCAAACAAUCCAGGCAACUACUCGGCCUCGGCGACACCCACGUCCGAGUACGGCGUAUAUCCAGCUUCGGCGCGGUCGAGUUCCUUUCCGGACCACCUCCAACAGAGAUCAUACCACCCGGCUAGCAAUCAUAGUGGCAGCAGUGGAGAUCCAUCCAUCGCCGCUCCUAGCCCAACGUAUGGGGCUCCCGCCCAAUACUCGCCGUACGGGCCCCCUUCGCAGGACAUGUCGCACGGUUACGCGCACCCCGGCAGCAACCUCUAUGCCCAACCGCGACCCGACUGGUCUGGGUAUGGGCAGCAGCACGGCGCCCCGCUGACACCCGGCCAUCAUGUCUUCCCGCAAACGCCAACCUCGGCACCGCCUCAGGCGCGACCGAACCAGGUUUACUCUUUUGUGCCAAUACCCGGCGCGCAACAACACAAACGCCCUAGGCGACGAUACGAAGAAAUUGAGCGCAUGUACAAGUGUGGAUGGCAAGGUUGUGAAAAAGCCUACGGCACAUUAAACCAUUUAAACGCGCAUGUGACCAUGCAGUCGCAUGGUCAAAAGCGCACUCCUGAAGAGUUUAAGGAGAUCCGCAAAGAGUGGAAGGCUCGCAAAAAGGAGGAAGAGGCUGCACGCAAGGCAGACGAGGAACGCCAGCGCCAAGCGGCCCAAAGCCAAGGUGGUUCAACCGAAGGCCAGGCUGGUUCGGAUGUAUCUCAAUCAUCGAAUGGCUACGCCGGAGCCCGUGGCGCCGUACAAUUGCCCCCGAUCGGCUACCAAGCAGGCCAGUAUCCAGCGGCUACGUCGACAUCGGUACAACAGCAGCCACUCCCCGACUACAACGCUAGCUACAUGCAAGGCUACCAGCCGGCCUCGCCGUACGGAGGGUCCAACCAGGCCAUGUAUAAUCAACAAGACGGCAUGGAUUCCAAGCACUUGAGGAUGUGAAGACAGUCGUGGCUCUGGGGUCUGGUGGCAAGAAGAGGUGGACGGACUGGACGACCGACGACGAUGACAAAAGCACCAUCGUAUCGUAUGGGCCGUUCUGAAGUGUUCUGCCUGGAGUCUUGUUCAGUCUGCCUUAAAUGGCCCGAUUCUCAUAUGACGACACGCGACGCAGACUUGUCAUCCUCUACAAGACGCAACAAUGGAUCUUACCUGGUUCCAUCAAUAAUUAUAACCGCAUUAGACGAACGCCAACAUCGAAUACCCAGGCCACCCAUUCGUUUUAAUGUCAGACUCUUAACAAUCAUCAACAUUCUUUCUGCAUAGCAAAGGGGGGAGGGCGUUUGUACACGGCAACAUGCAUUUCGCUGGUCUCAGCAACCCGAGCGCCACUGCUGUGAGGGUUUAUUGUAUCAUGGCAUACGAUCUUAUAAGAGGUUUCGCACGCGCGAUACUUUUAGUCCCUAAUGUCUCUGGGGUGUUUGCUUCUUUUUUUCUUUAUUCUCUGUUUGCCUUAUUUAUUUUCUGUUUUGUGUUUUUUCUCUUGUCUCGCUUAUGGUAUUUUUUUGGCAGCUCCUUUGGAACCAGUACUAUUUUUUUACUAGUUUUCCACUGAAGGAAGCAUCUGUUAUGAGGAUGCAUCUUGAGGUUUGAACGGUCGGGAUGGGUAGAGACAAUGGGAUGGAUGACAUAAAGGUUUUGAAGCAGGAGUCCAACCAGGCCCAGCUGAGCAGAAGUGGUCGAGAUAAGUGCAUUGAAGGCACUCUAGCAGCAAUGACAGUAAUAAACGGGCUUGGAUUCACUGCAUGAUCUUGAUAACUGCGGCUACUCACGGUAUUGGUGCAUGUGGA